UGGGGUGUCCUGUCUAAGACCUGGCCAUGGCUGAACGUCAAGAGAUGAUUUCAACUGAGGGGACACCUGCUGCAGACGCAUACCCCAGGAAAAUACUGGAGUAUAUGGAAGGAUUCCUUAUUUCGAAGACGGUGUUCGCGUCCUGCGAGCUGGGUGUGUUUGAUUUGUUGCUGGGUGCAGAGCGCCCCCUGUCUGCAGAGGAGAUCAGUCAGGCGGUGGGUGCCAGUCUGGAUGGCACGCAGAGACUGCUGGCUGCCUGCACAGGCCUGCAGUUGCUCAACACGCAGCAGGACCAAGGACGAGUGUUAUACAGUAACACAGAGCAGGCCAGUGUCUACCUGACGCGUUCCAGUCCAUUAUCUCUCUUCCAGUCCAUCCAGUACAACUCCAGAACCAUCUACCUCUGCUGGCACUACCUGACUGACGCUGUCAGAGAGGGAAGAAACCAGUAUGAAAAGGCUUUUGGAGUCAGCUCUAAGGACCUGUUUGAAGCUCUCUACAGGUCUGAUGAGGAGAUGGUGAAAUUUAUGCAGUUAAUGAACUCCAUCUGGAACAUCUGUGGUGAAGACGUGAUCACGGCCUUUGACCUUUCGCCUUUCAAGGUUAUUUGCGACCUUGGAGGCUGCAGUGGAGCAUUAGCCAAGCAGUGCACGUCAGCCUACCCAGAAUGCACUGUGACGAUCUUUGACCUCCCCAAGGUGGUGCGUAUGUCGAGGGAACACUUUGUCAGCGAGGCUGACCAGAGGAUAAGCUUCCACCAAGGAGACUUCUUCAAAGACCCCCUGCCGGAGGCUGACCUCUACAUCCUUGCCAGAAUCCUACACGACUGGACAGACGAACGCUGCAUAGAGCUACUUAGUAGAAUCUACAAAGCCUGCAAUCCAGGAGGCGCUGUGUUGCUGGUGGAGGCGUUGCUCCAUGAGGACGGCUCCGGCCCACUGACAGUGCAGCUCUACUCCCUCAACAUGCUGGUGCAGACGGAGGGCAGGGAGAGGACUGCCGCCCAGUACGCCGCCCUGCUUGCUGCUGCCGGCUUCACCAACAUCCAGCACCACCUCACUGGGAAGAUUUACGACGCUGUGCUGGGACACAAAGAGAUGUAAGAUCAAAAACCUAGGCUACUCGUGUACCGGGGCUGAAAGAUCACACCACAUGAAAACACUGUGUUACUAUUUGUGUAUUCCUUUAGGAUUUGUUUUAAUUGUAGCUGAAGGUUCUUCAAAAAAAAAUUAAAAAAGACAAAAACACUUUUUCACACAACCUGACAAAAUCGUAUUCUUUAUCAUCUUGUUUAAGCUAUAUGAAGCUAAAAUUGGUGUAAAACAUUCAAAUACAAGGCCCUUUUUUAUGGCCACUCAUUUCUUAUCCAGGUUCCCUGUAUUUCGCAUAUUUGGUUUUGCUGGAAACUUGAUGUGAUGGGUUUGGGUUUGAGUAAUGCUUGGCCUGAAAACAUCAGUUUGUAAUGGAUCCAAGACUGUGUCCUACACUUUAUAAAGUAACAAGACCUGCUCAGCUAUCAUGAACAAUGUUAGUCCACAAACAACAACUCAAAGUAACGUGCAAUGUGUAUUCUCGCUAAACAACAGAAUCAAGAGGCAGUAGGCUUUUCUAAUAGUGUUUCAUAAUCAGAGAAAUGGGUGGUUUUGUUUUGAAAACAAUUAGGAAGUGUCAAAUAUGACUUAUGACCGACCAGUUAGUAUGAUUACUGGCCCAUAUUGGCAAACCUGAUUAAAUGUGGUGGUUUAAUAGACUGUGACCAAACAAAAAGGAAACCUGGUACCGAACGAUAUUUUGAUAGUUUGCAUGGUGAACACAUCUGACGGGGGAAGAAACACAAUACUGCAGUACAAGCCGGUUGCAGGUCUCAUCGUUUUGUGUGAUAACAACAUCACUGCUGCGUCUUUCCAGCUGCCAAAUGUUGCAGUUCCGUCUCAUUAUUUGUGUAAUGUUGUUACUUGUUUGAGUGGGAGGUGUUGGUAAAUGAUGUCUAACAAGGUCAUCGUCAUCCGUGCACCCUCUCAUCUCACUAACUCACUGUUUUGUCAGUGUUUUGGUGAAUUUUGCUUAAUUCUUGCAACUUCCUGAUGAGUUCACCUCCGGGAAAAGCUCUCAAACUUGGUGAACAUGACACUUGAUGUAAUUAUAUGCAGGGCUGCUAUUGUUAUUCAGCAUCUAUCGUGAGAAUUAGCUUAUUGGUUAGACAGUGCUAUUGAUAGACUGUCAGAAAAAAAAAUUGGUUUUAAACUAAAAAUUGAAUAUGGCCCACUUGGCUUUGAUACAGUAUGAUCCAUACUGGUAUAAUACAUGACAUUACAGUUAAAAAGGCAGAGUUAUUUAGAGUUUGUAUGGAGCCUAAUAAUGUCACAUCCCUUUAUUCGUAUUUUUCUUGCCACCUACAAAAAACUUCAUUCUUGUGUUCCACUUUCUUCACCACUCAUUCAUUUUCUUUGCCGUUUGUUUUGUACUGAACAUGUAGCGUUAUCUUAUAGCAGCUUCUAUUCUGGGAAUAGCUGCCAGCGUAUUGGUUUUGUUGAUCCAGGUAAUUAAACGAAUUAGCUGAAAGUUACAAGCAGCUGCGGAGUGAUGUGUUGAUUCUCAGUGGGACCACUGGCAUAAGAAACCCUUUUGCAUAACCAGGAGUGCUCUCAUUGAAUGUGAAUCUAAAAUAUACUUCUUAAAGUAUCUUUAAUAUUUGAAGAUAAAUUUGUUCUCUGUGAGUCAGGACAUAUUUAGCAAACUUCCAAAAAUUUAACAAGUUGCCAGCCAAAGCUAAAGUGAGCAGAAAUGUUAUCAUUCUCAGGUGAUUGCGCCGGCAAUUAACUUUCUUGAUAAAAGCUAUAUAGUUAUCUAACAAGUCCUCUGAUUAAAACAAGAUGUGACUCUUCUGUGAGAUGUAAUUUAUUUUCACCACUGUAGAACUGCAAUGUGUGACAGUGUGUAGUAUUUGGUAAAGCUAAGUACUUACAGACACACAGUGUCCACGGCAACGAUGUAAUGAGUUAUUACAGCUGGAGGAACACUUACUGUGUUUCAUGCCUCAUUACCACCUAAGGACAUUCCCUGUACUAAUACUAUUCCUGCAGCACGGCCAGUAGGGAGCAGUGUAGUACAAAGGUAUAUGAUAUUAUACGUGAAAAAUGUAUGAUAUACACGGUUUGUGUCACGGUCACCUCACACCCCAACUCACCCACCCCCCGACAUACAGUAUAAAUGCAGCAAGAGGGGAUAGUAAGGUGUGGGAAAGCAUGAAGAGAACAUGCACAGUAAUAGAAACACUACCUCUGCUACUUGUAAGCAUUAUUUUGUAUAACAUGUAUCGAUGAGUGAAAUAGUGUCUAUGGUAAAUUUAAAUCAUUAUCACUCAUUCAUAUCCUUUAUUCUGCGUCUCCAGUGUCAGGGUUCAAAAACACCCUGUGGGAACAUGCUUAUCAUGUUUCUAACAAUAAAAUACCAAAGCUUGCAUAUAUUAGGGCUAAGUUUGCGCCUUGACCUGUUCCAAAUCCAGACAAUCAAGAGAGAGACUAAACCUAGUCCAGUCUGAUUCUGCCGUUAAGUGAUUAGCCAUACUCUGCAAAGGUCAACCACUAUUAGGUGGUGUGCAUUGUGAGCUUCCAGUCUCAUCGUUAAGAACAUGAACUUCCCUCCAUAUCUGUUCUCAUCGCUCAAUCCUAAGCCCCUGUCUCUGAACCCCUCGCCUCUUACUGUUCUUAACAGCAUAGUAAAGCUUUCUUUGUACCGUGUUCUUUGUAAUGUUGGAUGUGACUCAAUAAAUCUUCUCCACAAUGGCCCAGCACAUCUUUUAUUUCACCUCCUCCGUGCACAGGAUGUAUUCAAAAUGCAGAUCUCA